ACCAUGUUUAAAUUAUUAUUCUGAGCUUCUAACUUAGGAUUUUUAUCUGCUCAAUUAUGAAUAAACCUAAAACGAGGAGCAGAGAUGAUUCUGCUACUGACUCUCAAGAUGACUCAGAUUUGGACGGUAGAACUCCAAAUCCGAAAUUUAGCAGAAAUUCAGGACCGUUUUUGAAAAAAAUCAAAAUAAAGGGCUAUGAUACCACAGAUGCCUUGCCCAAAAAUUUAGACUUCACGUUACUUGAUAUUCUAGGAAUUAUUGUUUCCAUAUGUAGUUUUUUUAUGGAUGUUGCUUUAGAUAUUCUCGUUGCUAUUGUACAUUACAACAAUGGGAAUGAGUGGUUCUUUACGCUGACAGUGUGUUUCAUCGCCGUCCCUUCUCUAACGAUGACAGGCUUCAGUUUAAGAUGGUAUUUGGUUGAUGCUGAUGAAAAGAAAUUGCCCAAAGUGUCCACAAAACGCUGGAUUUUCAGAAUUGUAUUUUUAGUGCUGCAAAUGGGACCAAUAUUGAGGUAUGCAGAUUCGUUAUAUUUUGGACUAAAAAGCAACCGUAAAAAAUCUAAAGUUCAAGAACAGGUUGAUUUUUAUAAACAGAUGAUAUAUGAAGAUGCAGAUGCAACUCUCCUUCGUUUGUUUGAAUGUUUUAUGGAAGCUGCACCCCAAUUGGUUCUUCAAAUUUAUAUAUUUUCCCAAUCCAGUUUACUUGAUCAGAAUAUGCACAAUUUGACAGCACUUAUUCAGCUCGUAUCCAUGUUUUCAUCCUUGAUGUCCAUGGCAUGGGCUCUUGCUUCCUAUCAACGUGCCUUACGCUAUUCUAUAGAAGAAAAGAAGAAUAUGACUAUGUGUGGUUCAAUUGUGCAAAUCAUCUGGCGUUUCUUUGACAUUGCAUCUCGUGUCAUUGCACUUGGACUGUUUGCUUCCCUUUUCCCAACUUACCUGUUUAUGGUAUUGGCCGCACACUAUUUAAUAAUGUUCACAUGGAUACGAAUCAUGGGCACAGAAUUUUGUGAUAAUCACUGUGGAGAAUUUUUGUAUAAUGUUGUUCUUGGAAUUGUAUUUAUAUUUUGUUACUUCAAUCCUAAAGACAGCCCAACUCGUCGACGUUUCACUUUCUACUACGCUUUGACUUUCAUUGAAAAUUCGGCACUCAUGUGUGCUUGGUUCAUUUAUUCACCACCCCAGAUCACUUACAAAUAUCCGGCCAUGUUCAUGCAGUUUUUGAGUUUUACCCUUGGACUUGUUAUAAUGAUUAUCUAUUAUCUUCUACUUCAUCCCACAAAGAAUAUUUCAGUGUGGGACCAUUGGAUGAAAUCGAAGCAAUCUAAUGUUAUAAACAUGCCAAAUGGUGAUGCUUCUGGUAAAGAAAUUACUCAACACAGCAACGUCCAAGAGCACAGGUUAUGAGAUGAAAGUGAUUUAUUUACCCAUAAGCAUAUUUGCACUUAAUUUUGUUAUUUUUUGCUAAAUAGAAUUUGUAUUUUGCUACUUGUUUACCUUUUACUGAGAUAUAUAUAAACUAUAUUUUUACUUAGAAUCUUAUCAGCAUAAGAGUUAAGAAUAACUGCUUACUGUGUAUUUGUUUUCUUUAGAAGUUUAUUGUUGACUUUUUUAAUGGGAUUCCUUGUUACAUAUAUUAAUUUAUUAGGUUUUUGUAUCGUUUGUUUAUUCGAGAAACAUACU